AUCCCAUAACCUCAGACUCGCGUAAACUGCCGUAACCUCAUUUCAGUCAAAGCCGGUUUCGACGCUGAAUGUAAUUGUUUGUGAAUUUGUGUUUUACCUACUGAACGCAUUUAAAAAAUGAGUAUUAAAUUAGGCGAUACAUUCCCAAACUUUGCUGUUAAAACCACGUAUGGAGACCUGAAGCUUCACGACUGGUUUCAAGAUUCAUGGGGCAUUCUGUUUUCUCAUCCAGCAGAUUUUACGCCGGUGUGCACUACAGAACUGGCACGAGUUGUACAGCUAAAAGACGAAUUCGCCAAAAGAAACUGCAAAGUUAUUGCUUUGUCUUGCGACUCAGUCGAGUCCCAUUUGAAGUGGACCACAGACAUCAGAGCAUAUGCUCAUUCUGAUGAUCGAGAAUUUCCGUACCCGAUUAUUGCGGAUGAGGACAGGGAAAUUGCAGUCGAUCUGCAAAUGAUUGACCCUGAUGAAAAGAACGCUGAUGGGUUACCUCUAACUGCUAGAGCAGUUUUUAUUAUCGACCCUAAGAAGAAGAUGAGACUAUCCCUAUUAUAUCCUGCUACGACUGGAAGAAAUUUUGAUGAAAUCCUCAGAGUAUUGGACUCCUUGCAACUAUGUGAUAAAUAUAAAGUAGCUACCCCAGCAGAUUGGCAAAAGGGGGAUGAGGUAAUGGUGCAACCUUCCGUGUCGCCUGAAGAGUGUAAAGCCAGUUUCCCUUGUAUAACGAUAGUGGCUUUGCCUUCUGGAGAAAAUUACGUUAGAAAAACCGCAAUACCUGAAUGAAGUUGUUUGUGGUUGAUGUGUUGAUAAAAUAAACGCAAAAGACUAUACUAUCAAA